UAGCGUAUGUUUAGCAUUUUUACUCACAUUGUUGAUCCACAAAACACAACACGGGUACGGCCACGGCCACGGAGGGAAAUGACUAAUUGUAGACCCCGGCCUCCAACUUCAAUUUUAAACUUUUAAUAGAAAUCAUUCUCUCUCUCUCUCUUUUUUUUACUCCCAACCAAAAAAGGCGGCUAAUCCCAAAUAACCCAAUUUUCCGCGCUCACCAAAAAUCAAAUCACUCAACCGACGGUGUCACUACUUCACUACCGGAAACUUACAACACACCGGAGAAAAAAUGGCUACAACAACACCGUCAAUGGCGGAACCUACGGCGGCGGCGGCGAUUAACUCCAACGAGUCGAUGAAGAUUGCAAUCGCAAUGGCUCUUCUCCGAUCAAAGCUUCUCUCUCAACCUCACUCUUCUCUGUCCUCUCCUGCUUCUCGUACCUUCCAUUGGAAGCAAAAGGCGAAAAAUCGUAAGCAGGAAAUUCAACGACUCUCAGAUGAGCUCAAACGUCUUGAAGAUGAUUUAGGUCGUGAUUUGUAUCCGGAAAGUGCUUCCUGCAAGUGUUAUUUUUUCAAUAAUCUGCAAAUUGUAAGCCCUAAGAAGUUAACGAAUUGUUCUGAUCAUCGGCUGAAUGAUGUUCUUCAUCGCAGAUUUCUCAGAUUAGUACGUUUGCAUAAGAGAAUUAAACGAAAGACGAGCAAUUCGAUUGAUCAACGAGCUUUUUCAGAAUAUUACAAGGAAGAGGAGAUAGCAAAGCUGAAGGUAUCAGCUGAGUUUCUGGUGGAUCUUUGUGAGACACCUAGCAUGGUGAAGAGACCUAAAUUUGCAAACUUGGCACAUCAAGCUGUGGACUUCAUUCUAGGUUCUGUGAAUCAAGAAUUAUUAACUGGGAAGGAUAUGGCUGUUACUGAUGGAAUUAUCAGCAAUUUGAUUGUUUGUCUAAUCAAAAGGAUGUGCACACCUCUGGAAAAUGAGCUAUGUGACCCUGAAACUGAUGCGCAAACUCAUAUUCAGCACAUUAUUCGUAAGCUUGGAAAUGUGUCCUAUGUAGGACAGAGGGUCUUGCUUUCUGUCUGCCACAGGAUAUCUGAACUAGCAGAACAUUUGCUCUUGCUGGAUCCAUUUGAUGAGUCAUUUCCCCAAAUCCACGAUUCUAUGUUUGUGAUGAUUCAGCUUUUUGAGUUUCUAGCGUCAGACUACUUAGUCACUUGGUCAAAAGAUGAAGGUUUUGAGAUUAGGUUAUUCGAAGAAUGGCUGAUUUCAUUUCUUCAUGCUCGUAAAACAUUGCAAUCAAUGGAGAAGAGGUCAGGGCUUUAUUCGCUUUAUUUGGACCGAGUAACUGGAGAGUUGGCUAGACAGGUUGGCCAAGUAUUGUCUCUCCAGAAACUCAACCAAGAUAUACUUGAUGAAUUGUUUAGCUAAUUUAGGCCUCUGUAUUAUAACCAUUUACAUAGUCUUGGAAAAUCCAUCAAAUUUCGUUAUUCUGUUAGUAUUUUUGUAGAUCCAUUCAAAGUUAGGUAGGAAAACCAAAUUGCUGUAAAGUGUAAACAAUCAAGGGACCCUAUAAUUUCUUUCUUUAUCCAAAAAAGUGUUUAAACACUGGGCUAUAUUAUACCA